CGUCUGAUGGAUGCUCGUGCACCGGAAACGGCGUCUAGUGGUGCGACCAUUCUUGAACGCGAACCGACUCCCCGUUGCGUGUGCUUAGCUCGCGAGUCCGGAUGAGCUGAGCCCCGAGGAAUAUUUUCGGCGGAAGGCUCCACGGGCGGAGCGGCGGAAUAUCACGAAGAACUCACCGGAAAUUCUGUCACUCCCUGCUACAGGUGAACAUUUCAUCUUAGUCACGAUGAGUGGAAACGCUUCAAGUUCCGACCAAAGCAGUGAGAACAUCGACGCUCUGACUGAGGGUCUCACUACUUUGUUGACGCCGUGCUUGGUUCAAAUCGAGCAGCAAGUGUUAGAGACUCGGAAAUCUCAGCAGUUGUUGGGCGAGCAGAUCGACCUCUUAUCCGUUGAACUUCGCCGGAUCACGGACAGCACACGAGCAUCUCCAUUGAUCGACUCAUACAUCAAGAAACUGCUCGCGGCUAAGCGGAAGAUCAUCGUCAUCAAUUCAGUCUUGCAAGCUACGCAAGAGAGGGCACAUAAGUUGCAGGAGAACAUCCGUAGGGACACUGUUAAAUAUCAAGUACAGUUGGACACCAUGGCGUUGUGAAGUGAUAAAUCAGAACUUGUUCACUAGAAAAUGUACAGAUUACGUAUAGGAUGAGUUCCGAGGACUCGUGAAAAUCCAGAGAUUAGGAAUCGAGACUUCCGCCAACCUACUGUGUCCUCCGACUGAGCAAGCGAGCAAGCAAUACUCGAUUUGAUGAAUGGCGAAGAGCGAACAACAAUAAAGGCAGUUA